AUGGCUGUUGGAUAUUGGAAAAUCCUGGAAGCCCUGACCCAAAUCUCUGCAGGGAUCCCUGGUGUUGAGAGGAGAACACCAGAGGCUCACAGGGACGUCUUCACACACACACCCACAGAGGAGAGAGAGAGCGAGGUGCACCCGGUCACCACAGCACCCCCGGGACACAUCCCCAAUCACCAGCCUGUCCUGAGGGGCCUGCUUCUCCACGAACACCUGCUCACCAGAGACUUCCAGGGGGACCAGCAUUACUUCAGGAGGGAUGGCUCUGUAGCGGCUUAUCCCACAAUGCCGAGCGUCUUGCAUGCGGCAGAUAUGCAUGACUCUGCUACCCAGCUUGUACCCCACGAAGAUGCUCCACCCUUUUCGGACAUUGCCACAAGAGCCACCCCAGCAGCAACAUCGUCCCUAACAACUUUUACGCCUUCCACCCCCAGACCACCUUUAGCUCUACGUGAAAAUAAAGCUACUGCAGACAGGGCAAGCAAUGUAGUCCCAACUACAGAUGCUCUAACAACAGUAACUACUCAUAGUAAUAACAAUAAAAACAAUCCACAAAGAAAUAGUCCAGAAGCUAGGCCCACAUCAUCGUCAACAAGGAUGGAAAAAGCAGAAGGGAGAGAGAAUAAAAAUAAAAGCAGCACUGACAAUUUCACUGCAGAGCCCAGCUUUGGAAGUGGCCUUGUGAAGUCCACAGCCACCACUAUCACCACCAUGCAAACAUCUGAAGCAUGCAGUAUGAAUUUCACUGACCCCGAGGGUAAUAUCGAAAUCCGGCAGACGCUUGACCCCGGAGUGGAGUGCAACUACUUUGUGACUGUCUACUUGGGCUAUGGCAUCGAGGUGCAGGUUGUGAAUGUGAGUGUUUUGGAUGGGGACCAGGUGACUGUAGAGGACACAGGUGGCAGAGAGCCCUCCAUCCUGGCCAACGAAUCGGUGCUGAUGCGGGGCCUUGUACUGCGCAGCUGGAGCAACCAAAUCUCAAUCCGCUUUCGGAGCGAUCAGCAGUCAAACCCUGGAUUCCUCCUGCUGAGUUACCAAGCGUUUGUGUUGAGCUGUGCGUUCCCUAAAGAGCCCACUGGUGGAGAGGUUUCUGUGACUCACCUUCAUCCUGGUGGUGAAGCCUUCUUCAGCUGUUUGACUGGAUACAAGUUACAAGGGCCCAAAAUGCUUUUAUGCCGCAACGCAACCACACCCUACUGGAGCGGGAAGGAGCCCCGAUGCAUAGCGUCCUGCGGAGGCAUGAUAAAGAAUGCAACCUAUGGUCGCAUAGUUUCCCCUGGUUUCCCUGGCAACUACAGCAACAACCUGACAUGUCACUGGGUCCUGGAGGCACCCGAGGGCCACAGGCUGCAUGUCCACUUUGAGAAGGUGGCUCUGGCAGAGGAUGAUGACAGGCUGCUGAUUAAAAACGGCAACAACAUCGACUCUCCCCCCAUCUAUGACUCCUAUGAGGUGGAGUAUUUGCCCAACGAAGGCCUUCUUAGCACGGGACGCUACCUGUUUGUGGAGUUCACCACUGACGGGAGCCUGACCUCCACAGGGGCAGCUAUCAGAUAUGAAUCUUUCGCCAAAGGAAUGUGCUAUGAGCCUUUUGUAAAGUACGGAAACUUCAGCAGCUCUGACUCCUCAUAUGGUGUGGGGGCUGUAGUUGAAUUCUCCUGUGACCCUGGCUACACCCUUGAGCAAGGCUCUGUUGUGAUUGAGUGUGUGGACCCAGAAAACCCCCAGUGGAACGAGACUGAGCCAGCAUGCCGAGCUGUGUGCAGUGGGGAGAUCACAGACUCGGCUGGUGUUGUGCUGUCUCCUAAUUGGCCCGAGGCCUAUGACAAGGGGCAGGACUGCAUCUGGGGCAUCCACGUGGAAGAGGACAAGAGGAUCAUGCUCGACAUCCAAGUACUUCAUCUUGGUAAGAAUGACCUUUUGACCUUCUACGACGGCGAUGACCUGACUGCUAACAUCCUGGGACAGUACAGUGGGACCCGGCCGCACUUCAAGCUCUACACUUCUAUGGCGGAUGUGACUAUUCAGUUUCAGUCAGACCCAGCCACAAAUAUCUACGGUUACAACAAUGGAUUUGUGGUCCACUUCUUUGAAGUGGCCAGGAAUGACACUUGCUCUGAGCUUCCGGAAAUUAGCAAUGGCUGGAAGAGCACAUCACACCCUGACCUUAUUCACGGGACCGUCGUCACCUACCAGUGUUACCCCGGAUACGAGCUGGUGGGCUCUGAGAUACUCAUGUGCCAAUGGGAUCUCACGUGGAGCGGGGACGUGCCAAAGUGUGAGGAAGUGAUGACAUGCCAAGACCCGGGGAAUGUGGAGCACAGUCGUAAGGUGAUCACAGGAAGCCGGUUUGCAGUGGGCUCCACAGUACAGUUCUUCUGUAAUAAAGGCUACAUCAUCUCUGGGAAUGGCCUCCUCACCUGCUACAACAGAGAUUCAGCCAAGCCCAAGUGGAGUGAAAGGCUUCCCAAAUGUGUUCCUGAGAAAUAUGAGCCAUGUAGGAACCCUGGUGCCCCCUCCACCAGUGUGCAGAGCUUGGAGAAGGCCUUCUAUCAGGCAGGAGAGACCCUCACCUUCUCCUGCCACUCAGGCUAUGAGAUGCAGGGCCAUGCCACCAUCUACUGUAUCCCUGGGCAUCCUUCACAAUGGAACAGCACGCCCCCUGCCUGCAAAGCUUUAACACAGCAGUACAUUGAUGAACGAAGAUUAGAUGUUUCCAAAGUAGAUUAUGAGCUAGAGGGGACCAACAUAGCUCUGAUUGUUUUCAUUCCCACUGCAGUCAUCCUAGUGGCUGUGCUAGCGAUUUAUGUCUACUUUGUAAAGCUCCAAGGAAAGACCAUUCGAAUGCCAUCAUCAUCAUCAUCGCCUCCAUAUGACAACAUGACAGAGGAGUCGGCAUUUGAAAACCCCAUAUAUGACAGUGGAGUAAGUACGGAUAUAAUGAACUUGCAGGACGUGGACUCUCACAACACCAGCGUCUUGUCCUGA